CUUUUGGGCAGGUAACCGGCUGCGGGGACGGGCCCAGGGCGCGGUGGGUGCCGCGGGUGCUGCGUGCCUUCGCAGGGAGGCUGCGGGACUGGGGAACAGCUGGGUGGCUGCCCACAUCUGGAGCAGGGCGGCCGAGCGGGGAAUAAUCCGGAGGAUUAUGCACGCGGGCGCGGCACCCACCCCCCCGCGCCUGCCCUGCAUAUCCCCAGAUAUUCCAUAAAAACCUCAAAUCCCCGGUGGCAGCCCCGCGGUCUGCGCCAGCCAGCCCCCCCGGGGCCAGGCAUGUCCUGCGGCGCGGGGGCAGCCCCCAGCCAUGGGCAACUGCACCAAGACCCCUGAGCGGCGGCUCCCCAAGGCACGGCAAGGCUGCGACAACCCGCGGGGCAGGAGGAGGAGGAAGGGAGGGUCCCUGCUCGCCCCCCCCCCUCGCCGCUGACGCCUGCUCCACCCGCAGGAUGGGAAGCCACGCUCGGGCGCUCCAGGCUCCGGCGCAGGGGACCCUGAGGACGUGCUGGACGCGGCGCAGACCCCCCCGAUGCAGGGAUACUCGGUGCUCCAGGGGCUGGUGGGGCCGGCCUGCAUCUUCCUGCGGCAGAGCAUCGCCAUCACCCAACGGGACCGGGAGCUGCGGCCCGAGGAGAUCGAAGGUGAGCUGCUGGGGAGGGGGUCCCGCUCGGGUGGGUGGUGGUGCUGGUGGUGACGCUGCGGUGUCCCCAGAGCUGAAGCAGGCAUUCCGGGAGUUCGACAAGGACCAUGACGGCUACAUCAGCUACAAGGACCUGGGCGAGUGCAUGCGGACCAUGGGCUACAUGCCCACAGAGAUGGAGCUCAUCGAGCUGUCCCAGCAGAUCACUGGGGGCAAGGUGGAUUUUGAUGAUUUCGUGGAGCUGAUGGGCCCCAAGAUGCUGGCGGAGACGGCGGAUAUGAUUGGGAUCAAGGAGCUGCGUGACGCCUUCCGUGAGUUUGACACCAAUGGGGACGGACAGAUCAGCAUGGCGGAGCUGCGGGAGGCCAUGCGCAAGCUCCUGGGGCAGCAGCUCAACUAUCGGGAGGUGGAUGAGAUCCUCAAGGACGUGGAUCUCAAUGGUGAUGGCCUGGUGGACUUCGAAGGUAGGAGCAGGGAAGGGGCCAGGAGCGCUCCCAGGGACAGCUGGGAUGUUCCAGGUGUGUUUCCCCCCCACGGCAGAGUUUGUGCGGAUGAUGUCGCGCUGAGGGCAGCGUGUGCCAACGCGGGACCCAAGCCCCCCGUGCCUUACGAAGACGAGGGAGCCACGGAGGGACCCCCAGCUCCAGGGACUGGGGCAGUGCUGGCGCAGCGGUGCCCGUGCCCAGGGUGAGGCUGGGUGCUGGGGCAGCUCUGAUGCUGAGCUCUGACCGUGGCGGGAGGCACCGGGGCCGAAUUCGGGACCCCUUUCUGCACAGGCUUGGCUGAGCUUCGAUUACUCUCACCCUCAUCUCUGUUCUCUCCCUGCAUCAUCGCCCUUCCCACCCGGACCUCACCCUAAAACUCCCACCAUCGUGGUCCCCUCUCCUUCAGCUCUUCCUCACCCCUGCUGCUCAUCCCUCCAGCCUCCAUUCCCACUCUGUGUGCCGCACUGAGCCCCUCAGGCUCACCCCACACCAGGUUUAUUGCAGACUGCACAGCAUAACCCAUCCCGUCACCAUGGUUUGAGGUCAGACCCACCCCAGACCCGCCUAGGGUGAGGCAUCCCUCCCCUUUUGGGGCUGGCACAGACCCUCAUGGAUGUUCUGGCAGCCCCUAGCACAGGGGAGACUCCUGGCAGCCCAGCCAGGAGAGCCUCCGGGGGAAGAAAUAAAGCAUUACUGGGUGGAAGGGCCUCAGCCAGCUGCAGGCAGGGCUGCUGUAGGUACCCUCUCUGCCCUGGCUGCAGUUUUGGGGCCAAUUUUGCCCUUUUGAAAUGAUAAAACUCUCUGUACAGAC